AUGGAUAAUCAGGGUCCUCUUAGACCAUCAUCACCUGUAGUUGCUCAUGAAGUGGUAACUCCAAUCCAAAUUGAUGUUGGUGAGGGUGAUUUAGGGUUAGCAUUAACCUUAUAUAAAUCAGCAACACCUGAAUUUAGUAGGUCUAAAGGUUGGAAACAUAGUAAAGGGGCAUCGUCUUGUAGUAGAAAUCUUAACUUGGAUUGGGAAGGUGGUGAAAAAACAAUGGCAAGUGGUGAAGUUGAUAAAGGUAAGGGUGUAGAAGGAUUUGCAGAUGAAUUUGUUGUAGUUGAUGCAGAAAAAGAGUUAAACAAACAGAUUGAUAUGAAUGAAGAACUUGACAUGAACAAAUCCAAUGGUGAGUGUAACACCCAAAGUUUCAAAAGCCAUGAAAGGAAAGAAAAGCCCUAA